ACUGAGCUUCCUUUGUAGAUACUUUCAAUGUGGAAACAGCCGAUAUAUAAAUCUUUCCCUUUUAUAAAUCGGCUCAAAAUUUCCACCAUGGGAGCUGCUUCCUCUAACGCUCUAUGUUCUUCUUCAAGCAUCACCAAAUCGCUUCCAAUACCACCGUUUCUCACUAAAGUUACAAUAGCCCAUUUUCGCAAACUCCUUCGAAGGCUAAAGAGCGACGCCUAUUUCAGAGUCUCUGCAAAACCCAUUCAUUCUUCUUCUUUCAACGCCAACGACAAGGAUGUGGCUUGGAACAAAGCUGCGGAUGUUGUUAUCAGUGGCGAUGGAAAAGCUGAAGACUUUGGGUGCAAAGAUAAAGUCGUAACAGUGGUUGUUUUGGGAUGGCUUGGGGCUAAAACAAAGCAUUUAAAGAGAUACGUUGAAUGGCACAAUUUAAGAGGAAUCCACGAUGUUACUUUUGCAGUAGAUGUUAAUGAAUUGCUAUGGUUUGAUCUCGGUGUAAGGCUCGAGCGGCGUAUAUCUGGAUUGAGAAAUGAGUUGGCCGAGUGGGUUUUGGAGAAAGAGGAAGAUGGUCGUGAAAGGUGCUUCAUUUUCCAUGCGUUUAGCAACACUGGCUGGUUGAUAUAUGGUUCACUUCUUGAUAGCUUUCAGGGAAGAGAUGGAUUAAGAGAGAAGAUAAAAGGGGUGAUUAUUGAUUCAGGAGCAGCUGACCCUUUUAAUCCUAAGGUCUGGGCAGCCGGUUUCACUGCUGCUAUACUGAAGAAACAGAGCUAUUUAGUAAAUGGAUUAAGAAGUGCAGUGACUGAUUCAAAAUUACAGAAAGAGGAACCUGGGAUUAUCGAAGCUGUGCUGCUGUCUGCCCUGGAAAAGUUCUUUGCUUCUGUUCUAAAUAUGCCCGAUGUGAACCGGUUAAAAAAAAUUGUCAAUGCAGUCAUGGAGCACCCUCCUCCCUGUCCUCAGCUGUACCUUUAUAGCACAGCUGACAAGGUUGUCAACUAUAAAUCAAUCGAGUUGAGUAUCGAAGAGCUGCAAAAGAAGGGAGUAAAAGUAUUCUCGUUCAACUUCGGCACAACUCCGCACGUUGACCAUUAUCGGACUUUUCCCAACGUAUAUUCAUCUCAGCUUCAUAAUUUUUUGAAAGAAUGUUUUGCUGUUAAACAAAGAUGAACCCUACGAGUACCGGUGCAUUUUCUCCAAAAUGGCCAUGAAAGGAACCAUGGCAUCGGC